AAAUAAACCACGCAAAUUAAAUUGUAUCAUAAAAUCUAACGAAUGCAUGACAUCAAUGAAUAUUUAUAUAAUUUACUAUAUAACAAUGUAAUGUCGGUAAUCUUUUGGGCUUAGUACAUAGGAGAUUUUUUCCUUUGCAGAUGCCAUCAUGAAGAACCUUGCAACAAUUUCAGUGUCGUUACACUUAUUGUGGACUGUAGCAGUUUCGAGCCAAAAUAUCGACCAAAUUUCAUCAACCAACACAUCCGACUACGUUCUUCUUGAGGAACCACACCCAUGCUCGCGAAAAUGCAUCCAAGGUGUCUCCAUGGUAUGCCGGUACCACUUCGAAAUAGAAAACUACUACACUAUGUCCAAAGCCUGCCAAAAUUGUCCUUCCACUCGUAGUGAUUGCUUUAUGAAGGAUUGCAUACCAGGAGCCGGAUACGAUCGAGGAAUAAUUUCUGUCAAUAGAAGAAUACCUGGACCUUCUAUUGAAGUUUGUUUAAACGAUCAAAUAAUCGUCGACGUUAAAAAUCAUUUGAUGUCGGAAGGUACCACCAUCCAUUGGCACGGCCAGCACCAAAAAGAAACGCCUUACAUGGACGGAGUACCUUAUGUGACCCAAUGUCCGAUUCCACCCAAAACCACUUUUAGGUACAAUUUCAAAGCUACCCAAGCCGGUACUCAUUUCUGGCACUCGCAUUUAGGUAUGCAAAGGGUCGACGGCUGUUACGGUCCCCUUGUAGUGCGAGUUCCCGAAGAAAGUAACCCGCACAUACCAGAGUAUGAUUACGAUCUUUCUUUGCACACAAUGAUUUUGAUCGAUUGGGAAAGAAUUACUGGGAUGGAAAAGUUUUUGUAUCAUCAUCAUAGUGUUGGUGAUAAUAAGCCUGCUACACUUUUGAUCAAUGGUAUGGGUAAUGGGAAGGAGUUUGUUAGUGAAAAUAAGACUAUCUAUACUCCAUUGGCAAGAUUUCCAGUAGAAUAUGGCUACAGAUAUCGUUUCAGAGUGAUAAAUGCAGGAUUUCUCAAUUGUCCCAUUGAAAUGUCGGUUGAUAAUCAUACAAUUCAAGUGAUAAGUAGUGAUGGAGCUGACAUUGUUCCAGUUAAAGCCGAAUCCCUUGUAACCUACGCAGGAGAAAGAUUCGACUUCGUUUUGACCGCUGACCAACCGAAAAAUCUUUAUUGGAUCAGAUUUCGGGGUCUGAUGGACUGCGACGAAAGAUUCAACAAGGCCCAUCAAUCUGCCGUAUUAGAAUACAAAGGAUUCGACAAUCAAGAUGAAGAUUAUCAAAAUCGUAUAAGCCAGAACGAUGUUACUGAUGGAUUUGCAGCUACUAAUUCAAAAUUUUUAAACGAUAUUGUUUAUAUGCAAGAGGAAACUUUGCCUCAAAACAAACCUGAUUGGGAUAAUUCGUAUCGGACAGGCAAACAAAUCAAUUCCCUAAAUAAAGGCACAGAAGCCAACCAAUCCCACAUAACGAUGCCCGAAUUGUCGGCCUUGCAAAAAUGGGACCACAGUUUGAAGUUUAGGCCAGAUUAUCAGAUUUUCCUUGCGUACGAUUUUUAUAAACUGGAUAAUAAGCACUUUCACCGGCCUGGCUACGAGUUUUAUAAUGUUACUUCAUCUGAAAACCAACUUCUCACCCCUCAAUUGAAUCACAUUUCAAUGGAGAUGCCGUCGUUUCCGUUGUUGAGCCAAAGAGACGAAAUUCCAGACGAUAUGUUUUGUAACGAGAACACUAUAAAAGGCCGGGAUUGUGCCGACACUUAUUGCGAAUGUCCUCACGCUUAUCAGAUCCCUCUAAAUGCUGUCGUCGAACUGAUAAUAAUAGACGAAGGUUUUACUUACGACGCCAAUCAUCCCCUACAUCUCCAUGGCUAUGCCUUCCGUGUCGUUGCAAUGGAAAAAGUCGGCGACAACGUCACAGUGGCUCAAGUCAAACAACGCGACAGAAAGGGCCAAAUUAAAAGAAACCUUUUCGAUCCUCCUGUUAAAGAUACUGUUAACGUGCCUGAUGGAGGUUACACUGUUGUGAGGUUCCACGCAACAAAUCCAGGAUAUUGGAUAUUCCAUUGCCAUUUGGAAAUGCACGCUGAAAUCGGCAUGGCCCUGAUAUUUAAAGUGGGCGAAAAUAGCCAAAUGCCAAAAGUACCUGUAGGAUUUCCACGUUGCGGCAAUUAUAUACCAAUUGAAUCCACAACUCAAAAUCAAACUAGCGACAAACCAGAUUGCAGCAGAAGUGCCCUUUUAAAUAGAUUCGAAAAACUUAUAUUUGGUGAUUAUUGCGAAGAUGUUCCAACUUCUUCGGGUAAGACAACUUUACAUAGUAGCUUCCUAAUUGUCAUAUCUGUUUUAGUAUUAGUUGUUAAUAAGAACAAACAUGUUUAAAGGCUGGAAACAAAAUAAUACAAAAACCUUCAAAACAUCUUCAUUUUUCUAUUUUAAAUAGCUCUUUAUAGGAUAGUGUAAAGUUGUAGAUAAUAUAUUGUACGUUAUUUAUUGAGGUAUUGCCGCUCUUGUGUCUUAGAUUGUGAACUAUAUUAUGUAUAAUAAUUUUAAGCUUUAAAUAACAUAAUAAUUGUGAUAUAUAAGACUGUGAUUAUUUAUGUAAAAAGUUUAUUAAUAAAUUAAUUGCAUUUA